CCCUCGUUCUCUUAUUUUUAUAACGUCUGCUGGCGUCACGCCGCGGAGAGUUCCGCAUUCCACAGCGCCAAGCGAUAUAUAAACGCGCUGAUGCAACGGGAACAAACGCACAAUCGAGCUGAACGGACGAGCAACCGCCAACUCUCAGAGCAAAACAACAGCAAUGAUGCCAGGUCAAAUCCCUGAUCCGUUGGUCACAGCCGGGUCUCUUCCCAGCGUCGGUCCGCUGGCCGGCAUCCCCGCCACCACCCUGACAGACCAGCUCAAACUGGCAGAGCUCUACAGCCUCGGUGCGGUUCUGUCUCCUCUCAUCCUGAACAGACACGCCAAGAGACCGUUCGACGUCAUCAAGGGUGAGGAGGAAGGUGAUGAUGAUGAUGAUGAUGAACGCAAGAAAAGAAGGCGAGAGAAAAAUAAAGUUGCAGCCGCUCGCUGUCGAAACAGAAAGAAGGAAAGGACAGACUUUCUACAGAAAGAAUCCGAACGGUUGGAGAUGUUGAACACGGAGCUGAAGUCUCAGAUCGAGGAGCUGAAAUCCGAGAGACAGCAGCUCAUCGUGAUGCUCAACCUCCAUCGGCCCACCUGCAUCGUCCGCACAGACAGCGUGAAAAGCCCCGAGAGCGACGAGCACGUGCUGGAUCAGCGAUCCGAGCAGUCCGACUGAACGCAGAGCCCGGAGGAGAGAAGAGAAGUUGUCUUAGUGUCCACAGGUGUGGACGAAGAGGAUAAGUUGAACGGCAGGACGAUUAUUGUAAGAGGAAAAGUCUACAAACUGUCUGUGGUCUUGGAUUUCUUGUAAAAAAAUAACCGACAUCCUGUCAGUGACAAUUUCACCAUGAAGAAAAAAGGGAGCAGAUUUGUAUGGACACCGAACAAACAUUCCUGAGACCUCUGACACCACAGUCAGUCAUCAUGGUGUGGCUGUCCUGUUGAGAAACACGUGUAGCAUCUGUCAGUUGAUCUGAUCGAACCAUGACAUUCUUCCAGCAGCCUCCAGAUGGCGCUGUCUGAUAAACCCCACUGUUCACUGACGCUGGCGUCUCCAUGGACGGAUUGUUUACAUUUGCUUGCAUUGACACAGUCAGUUGUAUAUUAUAUAUUCUGUUUAUUGUGUCAUUUUUUUAUUGUGGCAUCACAUCAUGUGGUGAAUUAUAUGUGUUUAUCCUCAGGGUGUCUGUUGAACGGCCACUUUUGUUACUAAAUAAUGUUUCUUUGUUACAUGGAGCACAUUAAAAUAAAGCCUAUUUUUCAAAUACAA